AUGGGGGACUUGUUGAUGACCUGGCGCCAUGCUGCUCCUCAUGCUGGUCAUGUGGCAGCCGACCCUGUGCAGGGCCGUGGCAGCCAGCGAUCUUUGAAUGUGUGGACACUGGACGGAGAGCCUCGGGCUUUCUUGCAAACAGACAGCCCGCUUGUGCAGGUGGAUGUGGCGCGUGUGACCUGGGUGUCUGUCUACACCUUGGAUCACUUCAUCAUUUGCGCAUUGGAUUCGAGGUCAGUGAUAACCCUUUGGGACUCCAAAGCUGGCUUUUCUCCCAUAUUUCGCUUCUACAGCGGCUGCGAGGAGCCCUUCGACUUGGUGCUGACGCAGGAUUUCAUGGUGGUAAUUCAGGACAACAUGUCUGCAAAUCGUCUCGAUCUCUUCUUCUGGAAGCUCUGGCUUCACCCAGGCUUCGAGGUGGAGGGCCAAUCCAUGGAAAGCUCUGAAAGACGACAGCUCGCAGGAAGACACCAACGAGAGGCUUCUGUGCAGAAGUCACGACUACCGGCUGCAGCUCGAUUUGCACCUCAAGGUGGCGCUGCUCUUCCUGCAGCAGUUGGGACCGGCCUCGUUGCCGUUUUGGAUCUGGCUUCUGCAGCUGCUGCGCAGCUCAGUGGCGAUGCGUUGCAGCGCUUUCUGUACAAAGAACUUCGACCAAAUUGUCGCCUGAUCAAGACGCUCAGCCUUCCAGAUAUCGACACUUAUUUCGCCUCGUACAGGAAUUUCCUCAAUGUUUGCUCCUUUCACAAAUCGGGUCAGGAAUCGCUGAGCGUCUAUCGUUCCAGUUCACUUCAGAAGAAAGUGUUUUUCCCACCCGCAAAGCACACCAAGUUCGAAGAAUGGAUUGCUUUGCAGGUGCACAAUGAUGGCACGGUUGUGGUCUAUGACUUCAGACCCAGCCAGAUGGCCUUCGAUGAGCUGCUACUGCAAGGCCAUGGAGGGCUCCCUUGUUCCGAUGCGAAACAGCCGCAGAAGCACCUGCCCGUCAGCGGUCCUCGAUGGGUCAUGGGCUCAGACGUUCCAGACGCGCGUGAUCGAUUCAUCAGACUCUUGGCUGGGCCGUCAUGGGCCUGGCGCACUUCACUGGAACACCAGCUGAACACUGGAGUUCAAAGGGUGCACAAAGACUGCACCAAGGCUUCUCAUGGGUGA